UCGUUGUUUUGGUUCGCGGUGUGAGAGCUAAUUAGCAUCAUUAGCAACUGCCGCAGCCAUUCGCAUUGGAAAAGUACCAAGAAAGUGGAAAACUGUGGAAAUUGCGCUCAGAUCCACGGAAAGUUUGCUCGCAAAGUUUUCAUCAAAAAUCUGACCUUGUGGCUUAGUUUUGUGGCUGAAUCGAAUCGUGCAAGGAUGACUACUCGGGAAGUGAUUCAAAUCGCUUCGGAUGACAGCGGAACGGCGGAGGACGAGCAGCAAAAAAGCCCCCUGACCAGCAGGAGCGAUCCAAGCAAACACGGUAGCAGCUCGCGCAAACACAAAAAACACAAGCGCCACAAGAAAUCCUCCAAGACAGACAAGGCGGAGAAGCUGUACAAAAGCAAAAAGCACAAAAAACACAAGCGGAAGCAUCGCGAUGAAGAUGACGCCGAGGACGAUAGUGCGUCGGAUGUGGUGGAACUGCCGCGGAACGGUGCAAAAGUGGUCGAAGGGCGCAAACCGGCUGCCACCGAUCCAGCAUCGUCGAAACGCCGUAGCCCUUCGGUAAGCGAUGGCGAGACGGAGGAGAAUUCCGAUGUGGGUCGCGAGAGGGAACGGAUGCGGUCGAAGAACAACAACGGCAGCGUGAGGACGGUGGUGGUUGAGAAGCGCAAGGGACACAUAUCGACGGAUCCGGACAAACUGGUGCAUCUGCUGACACAGGAGCUCGAGAAGCGUAAAGAGGACGUCGUAUCCGUGGAGAGCGAAAGCGAGGGCACCGCGGUGGAAGAUGCACCCAGUCCGGACGUAGCAGUGAUCGAAGACGAUGAGCUCAAUCUAGAGGAGCUGAUGCGCCAGAAGGCACUGCUCCAGGCACGGUUGGGUGAGUAUGCGAGUGAUGAGGAAGAACCCGAGGGUCGCAACAGAUCCUCACGUUCGGUGCCGGCCAAGAAGGCCAAGGUCGAUGGUCAAGCUGAUGGCGUUAUAACGAUAAUCGACGGAGACUCGACACCGGACGAUGCGGAUCAACCGUCUCGGAAAGCGUCGGCUGGUAGCACGAACCGUGCCUCCCGAGGCACUAAGCAUGACCAAUCUGCAAGCGGCGGCACCGGUAGAAGCUUAAACGAUUCCGACAAGCGGACGAAAGAGCAACAGGAUCGUGCGAAACACGCCGAACGUGAACGGGAUCGCGAUCGUGAGCGUGCCAGGGAUGAGCGGCGUAAUCGGGAGGAGGACAACUACAAGCGCCGCAUGGCUGAGGAAAGGUUCGAACGAGAGAAGGCUCGCGAACGUGAACGUGAUCGAGAUAGGGAACGGGCGAGAGCUCGACAACGGGAUCCACGGGAUCGUUCGGUGGAGCGGUUUCGAGACAGAAGAGCCUAUUCUCCGCGUGAUCGUGAUCGUGGUCGCGGUGGUCCCGGUGGUCCCGGUGGGUUGGCAGGACGCGAUCGUUUCCAGCGAGGUCGCAGCCGUGAUCGUGAGGUGCGCGGAGGUGCGGGUCGGUUCGAUCGCGAACGGGACCGUGAUCGUGGUUGGGAUGUGAGGGAUCGCGAUCGUAAUAAUCGCGGUUGGCAGCGGAACGGUCGCGACGGACGUGGUGAUGGUCGUGCUGGAGGUAAGGCCAAUCGUAAGGCGGAAGACGAUCGGUUUAAGGAUUCGCUCAGCGAGGGUCUUAAGCAGCACAAGGAAUCUAGCAGCGACAGUGAAAUCGCGGACAUCGAUAUUGAUGAUGAGGAAGACGAGGAGAAGAUCAUUGAGAAGCGUCGUAAGGAGCGGGAAGCGUUGCUUAAGAAACUGGGUGCUGUGAAUGAAGAUAGCAACACAGGAACGGAGAUGAUGGAACCACCGGAACUGCGGCAACUUAGUGCUGCCAGUGCGGGACCGGCCUCGCGGAAUGAAUCACCUGGCAACAGUCAGGAUGCGACGAUCGAAAUUGAGCAUUCGGACGAUGACCGGUCCGAUCAAUCGCUCACCCCACCGAUACCGAGCGAGCGGAAGGAUCUGAUGGAACAGGUAGAACGUAAGCUGAAAGAACCCGAAGCAACGAAAGACCUGGACAGGCAGAGUAAGGAACCGAAACAUACUGCGAAGGAAAAUGCUAAACGUCCCGAAUGGGACAUGUUUGCCGAACAGGACAUCGACUCCAACUUCGACUCACCCGGCACGGUGGUGGGCGGGAGCAGACAGGCGCUCGAGAAUCCGGCCCUCACGGACAACUGGGACGACGCGGAAGGCUACUAUCGUGUCCGGAUCGGUGAGGUGCUCGACAACCGGUACGUGGUCGCCAACUACACCGGCCAGGGUGUGUUCAGUACGGUCGUGAAGGCACGCGAUCAGGCCCGUGGCAGUGCUUUCGUCGCAGUGAAGAUCAUCCGGAACAACGAGAUCAUGCAUAAAACGGGACUACGGGAGCUGGAGAUUCUGAAGAAACUGAACGAUGCCGAUCCCACAGAUCGCUAUCACUGUUUACGCUUGUAUCGUCACUUCUUUCACAAACAGCAUCUGUGCAUGGUGUUGGAGCCACUGUCAAUGAAUCUGCGUGAGGUACUGAAAAAGUAUGGCAAAAAUGUCGGUCUACACAUCAAAGCAGUGCGCAGCUAUACGCAGCAGUUAUUACUGGCACUGAAGCUGCUGAAAAAGACCGGCAUCCUGCAUGCCGACAUCAAGCCGGACAAUAUUCUCGUGAACGAAAACAAUCUCGUGCUGAAGCUGUGCGAUUUCGGGUCCGCUUCGUCGAUCACCGAUAACGAGAUUACGCCCUAUCUCGUUUCGCGUUUCUACCGUGCACCAGAGAUCAUACUCGGACUACCAUACGAUUACGGUAUUGAUAUGUGGUCGGCCGGUUGCUCGAUCUACGAGCUGUACACCGGCAAGAUUCUGUUCAGCGGCCAGUCCAACAAUCAGAUGUUGAAGGUGUUCAUGGAUCUGAAGGGCAAGAUACCGAACAAGCUGAUACGGAAGGGUCAGUUCAAGGAUCAACACUUCGAUCAGAACUGUAACUUCCUGUCGCACGAGAUCGAUAAAAUCACCGAACGGGAAAAGAUUGUGGUUGUUUCGAUGAUAAAGGCGACUCGGGAUUUGCAGCAGGAGUUGAUAGCAGGCCAGAAUCUACCCGACGAUCAGAUACGUAAGGUAUCGCAGCUGCGCGAUCUGUUGGACAAAAUGUUCGCCCUGGAUCCAGCCAAGCGGAUAUCGUUGAACCACGCACUGGCCCAUCCCUUCAUACAGGACAAGCUGUAAGAGGUGUAGGAUUCUUCGACGCGUAUACCACCGGGAACAGCAUUCUAGGCCCUUUUUGGAUGGAUAAGCAUUCUGUAAACAACGCUCACUGCUAUAUAUAUAUUUACUAUACAUGCAUAUAUCAAUCCACAAACCUAUUCACAAUCCCUUUUCUUACCUUCACAACGAUCGGUGCUCGCGACGACCGCUUCAUGAUUUGAACUGAAGGAAGACGACCGACCCUCCACGCAAAAGAACGUGCGAGCCUAGGUACCAGCCGUCAGAGAACCUUGUAGAGACCGUAAUCUCUAGUAUUUUUCGAGGUGCAAAAAUAACAGAGACAUAGAGCGAGAGGUAAACAACAACUAAACGCAACACUCAUGUAGUGUCCUGUAUCUCGGUCGUUUUAACAGGGAGAAAAUGAUCUAAAUCAAAUUCCAAAUGAAACAAAAACCAAUAUUUCUCAUUUGCGCACUGUACAACAUUAUCAAAGGCGAGUCGUGAUGGAGUGUACUGUCUAUUGAACUAGAGGAAGAAUGUGCGAGUUAGGAGUUCAUAUAUAUUUUGUCCAUUUGUAUCCCUCCUCUCACCUUGGAAGUUGUAUGUUAAAGUGUUCUAUGAUGUAGAGAAGCUUAGUAGGAAAGCAUAUCUUUUUUUAAAUUUUAUUUUAACAAUCUUACGUAGCGAUUCAUGACGAUAUUUAAUCGUGAAUCGAAAUGUUCAUAAAUGUUACUUGCCAUUCGUCCGACCGUGAGCGGGGAGUCGUCGAAGCUGAACGUUUUAAUUUGUCCUUUUUGAUUAAUUUUUCUGGUAAAGUUAUACAGUAAUGAGUUUUAAUACUUAUACCCUCUGUUACAAUCAGUCUGGAUUAAGCGACCAAUGAAAAGAAACAGUAAUAUGGAACAAAGUGUCGCGCGAACCAGGAGCAAAGAUAUUCAGAUUAGCUAAUGAUAAAAUGGUAGAGAGGAAACGGGGUAGCCAAAGGCCAAACCUAGAGGUCCGAUCCCGUACGGUGCGGAAAUAAAAUGAACUCCUUACAACCAGCAUAAAGGAUCGAUGGCUUGGUGAAAGCGAACAACUUGCGGACAGUCUAAAUUACCUUUGUCAAAUCACAAAACCAUCUUUAUUAUCUCUGCAUCCUAGCUUGAUUAGUUGCGAACGGUUUUCAUUACAUUGUCUUAUCUUAUUUCAGCCAGAUUUGGAUGACGUUGAGUGCGAAGCGGUCAAGAAUAUGACGAACAACCCUCGCCACCGACGGAGCGCACAGUCAUUGUGUCAAGAUUGGGUCAAAAUGGAUCUCAUCUCAUGGAAGCCAAAAAAAAAGUAAACACAUAAUGCUUAAAACACAUACCGAGCAGUGGCGCUGGUAAGGGCGCUAGUAGAUGGCUUCAUGUGGUACUAAUCGUGUGUUUCUAAAUCAUCCUACUCCAUCCAAGAUGCGGAUCGUGUCGCACAGAGUGCUGCCCACCGGCGGGUAUUCACUACUGGGGCUCCCGGGCUCCCCCCAGCGGCUCGAAACCGUGGCAAGAGCAAUGGGAGCGUAAUGGCCGUGUCUGAGAGGUAGUGAUGACGUUGUACACCUUUGAUUACCUUUUCUUUCGAUUAUACUGUUUUGAGCAUAUAACACUUGCGACCAUUUUCAGCCAAGAAGCGUGUUACGUGUUCCAUCAUUAGUGAGAUGUGUGUAGGGGUGUAGAGUAGUAUUUCAAAAAUAAUUCCCUUUUGCCAUCCCGUAUCACACAUAUCCAUGCUCUUUACCAAUGUUCCUCGCCUCACUCAUACCAGUUCUUCGCGAGUUCUCUCUUUUCCAUACCAUACGCCCUCUGUUUGAUCUGUUCAUACCGACUCUUUGUCCACUUUUCAACCGUUUCGAUAGCUCCAGUUCGUUGUUUGGAUUGGAUUAUGGGCAUAUCACAGAGCCUAGUUGUCCUUUUUCGUGCUACGUGCAGCAAGGCGGUAACUUCCGGAUCAAGCCGAGCAUGCCGAGGGAACGCUCAUGAUUGAUCAGGUUGUUAUGUGUAGUCGAUCCAAGAUUUUCUUGAGAGCGCCAGUUACUCGUCUCCUGCGUUGUAUUCACUUCUUUUCAGUCUGAAAGCGGGCCCAAGACCGACCAACAACCUCUGGAGAGAGAGAGAGAGAUAACGAGUAGGAUGGUAAACCGCGGUUUUAUGGAUCUACCUAUCAUCCAUUAUGUGGCAGAGACAAAUCAUCAUUCUCAGCUUCUGUGGGGCCCAAAAUAACAGUGUGCAGAGAGCACAAAUCAGUCAAUCAAUCAAAUAGGAGGUAAGUCUCCAUUAACGCAACGUCAUCCGAAUCCCCAUUGUCGCAAGUGUUUAGGUGACAUCGAAACCGUGGAACAUUCUCUGUUGGGUUGAACUGGUGCGAACUUGGAAGGCGAACACACAUUGAAUAAAUCGUUUCAUCGAGAGACAUUGCAAUA